UUCAUGGUCAGUCAAGAACACCACUGGCCUGCUUGCCAUUGCCAUGGCUUCCAUGAGCGCUCGAGUGGUCUCUCCCUCUUCUUUACUUCCUUACAGUUCCACCUCUGACUGGAAAUACCCUGUUUUCUUGAGCUUUACAAAUACUGAACAGAACCAAACCAAUUUUGUUACUUCCCUUUGUAGAGAGUUGAGCCUAAAAGGCAUAAGCUCAAUCAAAGAUGAAGGCAGAUCACUUGAAAAAGAACAAACUUGUGAAGCAUUUGAAGAAUCGAGAUUUUUAAUAGUUGUUCUUUCAGAAAAGUAUGUUUCUUCAGUUAGGUGCUUGGAUUUACUUGCCAAAGUCAUGGAUUUCUGUGGAAGAAUGGGAAAAUUUGUUAUACCCAUUUUCUAUAACGUGGAUCCGUGUGAUUUGAGGAAUCAGACAGGCAGAGUUGCAGAAGCUUUUAUAAAGCAUGAAGAAAAUUUCAGGGAGGACGUGGAGAAGGUGAAAGGGUGGAAAGAUGCUUUGACAAAAGUGGCCUCAAUUUGUGGCUGGGAUAUUUCUCAAUGGGAGGAAGCAAUCUUAAUAGACAAAAUUGUAAGAGAUAUUUCAGACAAAAUAGUUUAUAAAUCAUCAAGUGAUACUAGUGACCUUGUUGGAAUGGGUAGCCAUAUUAAGGAAAUGGAAAAGAAAUUAUGUCUCGAUUCAAAUGCAGUCCUCAUGGUAGGAAUCUGGGGUAUGGGUGGCAUAGGUAAGACAACAAUUGCCAAGAUCAUUUACGGUAUGCUGUCUACCCAUUUUGAAGUUCAUUGUUUUCUUGCAAAUGUUAAGAAGAAUUUUGAAAAAUAUGGUGCUGCUGCAUUACUACAGCAACUUUUUUCCACAGUCUUAAUGGAUGAAAUAAACUUAAAUGGAAGGACCUUCAAUGCCAGUUUUAAUUUCAUCAAGAGAAGGCUCCGUCUCAAAAAGGUUCUUCUUGUUCUUGAUGAUGUGGAUGAUUGGAAACAGUUGGAAAGUUUAGCCAAAGAACCUAAUUGGUUUGGUCAAGGAAGUAGGAUCAUCAUAACCACUCGUGAUAAGCACUUGCUAGAUGCACAUGGAGUGCAGAGUAUAUAUGAAGUUCAUUAUCUAAAGACUGAUCAAGCCCUUCAGCUCUUAAGUCAGUAUGCGUUCAAACAAAACAAUCCCAAGUUAGAGUAUCUGGAGCUGUCCAAACAGUUUACAUCUUAUGCUAAAGGACUUCCUUUGGCACUUAGGGUUUUAGGUUCAUUUCUCAAUGAUAAAAGUGUACUUGAGUGGCAAAGUGUACAACAUAAACUUGCAAUGAUUCCUGACUUAAAAAUUCAUGAUGUGUUAAGGGUAAGCUUUGAUGGACUAGAUGAUGAUACACAGAAAGAUGUAUUUCUAGAUAUUGCAUGUUUUUUCAAUGGGAAGAAAAAAGAAUUUGUGAGUGAGAUUUUAGAAGCUUGUGGCUUCUUCCCAGACAUAGCAUUUGCAGUUCUUAAGGAUCGGGCUCUGAUAACCAUUUCAGAUAAUGAGUUGUCUAUGCAUGAAUUGUUGCAAGAAAUGGGUCAAGAAAUUGUACGAGAAGAAUCCAGAGAAGAGCCUGGAAAACGUAGUAGGUUGUGGAUUACUGAUGAUGUUUACCAAGUAUUGACAAAAAACAUGGGGACUGAAAUAGUUGAAGGCAUGUUUCUGGACACAUCUAAAAUAAGAGAGAUGCAUUUGAAUUCUGAAGCUUUUGUAAAGAUGUAUAAUCUUAGAUUGCUCAAAUUCUAUAAUGCCGGCUCUAAGAGCAUGAGUGUGGUGCACUUACCUGAUCAAGGUCUCCAUUCUUUUUCCAAUAAGCUAAGACUCUUCCAUUGGGAAGGUUACCCGUCAAAAUCACUUCCAUCAAGCUUUCAUGCUGAAAACCUUGUGGAACUUUACUUGGUUGGCAGCAAUGUUGAACAACUCUGGACUGGAGUCCAGUGUCUUGUGAAUUUAAAAAGGAUUGAUCUAAGUUACUCCAAGUAUUUGACUACAAUUCCAGACCUCUCAAAGGCUCAAAAUCUUGAGAGAUUGGAGCUUGGAACUUGCCGAAAUUUGGUUCAAGUAUCCCCAUCUGUUCAAUAUCUUAACAAGCUUAUCUGCUUGGAUCUAAGUAACUGCAAACGUCUGCAUUGUCUCUGGGACGUGAUUAAUUUGAAAUCUCUCAAAGUUCUUGUUCUCACUAGUUGCUCAAAUCUUACCAAAUCGCCUGAGCUAUCAGGAGACAUUCGAUUUCUUGGUUUAAGUGAUACUGCAAUAGAAGAACUCCCCCAGUCAAUUGGAUCUCUUUGUAGCCUAGCUAGUUUAUACCUGAGAAACUGCACAAGGCUAAAAAAACUUCCAAGCAGCAUUACUAGCUUGACAUCUCUUACUGAAUUUUAUCUCUCUGGAUGCUUAAAUAUCUCAAAAUUUCCAGAAAUCCCUGAAAAUGUGCAAUGUUUGGAUUUAAGUGGUACUGCAAUUGAAGAAGUACCCUCAUCAAUUUGCUCCCUCUCAAGACUUUUGGCAUUAGAUCUGUCAAACUGUAAAAAGCUUAGAACUUUCUCAAGUAGCAUUUGCAAAUUGGAAUGCCUUAGAAGGCUUCAUCUCUCCGGCUGCUCAGAACUUGAGAAUUUCCAUAACUUGAAAUCUCUCCCGUGUCUACUGCUACUUGAUUUAAGCAACUGUUAUCUAUCAGAAUUCCCUAGGAACCUGAGUGAUUUAUCCUCAUUGGAAGAUUUAGAUUUGAGCAAGAACAAUUUUGAGAAAGUACCUACAAGCAUCAAACAUCUAUCAAAACUGAAAUUGUUGAAUGUAAGCCACUGUCAGAAACUUAAAUAUUUUCUAGAGAUUCCACCACAUUUGAAUGUCCUAAAGGCAUGUAACUGCACAUCAUUAGAAACUGUGCCAUGCAUGAAAAGUCCAUUGGAUCGAACUGUUGCGUCCUGGGAUUUCGCUAAUUGCUUCAAAUUAUCCCAAAAGGAAACCAACAAAAUAGUAGAAGAUGCUCAAAGGAGCUUUCUAUGUAUGGCAGCUGCUUCAAACCAAGUCAACGGCAACAAGCGUGAUCAUAGUCAGUUUCGUAUUCCAGGAAGUGAAAUUCCAGAAUGGUUCUGCUAUAAAGAUUUUGGAUCUUCAUUAACAUUUCUGUUGUCCUCAAAUAGACAUCAGAUGAUGGGAAUUGCUUUUUGUGUUGUUGUUAGCUGUGAAAUUCCCACGCCAGUCAGGAAUGUUAGUUGUAAGUGCCAUUUUAAAGCUACCAAGGGUGAAUGUGAUGAUCUCAUUUUCAUCUCUCAUUAUUGGUCUAGCGAUGAGAAAGGCAUGGCCCUUUAUUCAGAUAAUACUUUCUUAUGGUCAGUCAUAAGUGAAAAUUGUUUUAAUGAAUAUUAUGAAGCUUCAUUUGAAUUUUCGGCUUCAGACGAUUCGAGGAAGCUUGUGGCCAUGAGGAAAUGUGGCGUCCAGCUAGUCUAUGGAGAAGAAACCAGUGUAAGUAGUCUGCUUGAUGCUGCUGAUAACAAUUUUUGUGUCAUCAGUUCAGAUUCUGGAGAAUCAAUAAUGAGAGAAGAUACUAGUACUGUUAUUAAGAGAGGCAGCAGCAAGAUUUCUGGUCUGGAAGAAGUGGAGCCUAAGCAUAAGAGAAUUAAAAAAUGUUCUGCAUAAAUAGUCCAUUUCUUUGUAUUUUUCAUUUCUAUAUUGGUAUAUUAAUUUAAGAAAGCAACAUAAGAAUAUGUAAAAUAUAAAUUUCUAAAUUUGUAAAUUUUUGGCACAAAACAGAAGCGACAAUAAAUUAGGUAAGGUGAAAGUAAGCAAAGAAUUAUAGUUGUUUAAGUUUUAACUUUUCUAAAAUAAAUAUAUGUAAUAAUGAGGCAUUUGAAAUUUUUUUA